UCUCCCACGUAGGAUGAAGCACACGGUGCUGAGGCCACAUCAGUGGCCACCCCACAGGACCAGGGCUCCAGCACGGCCCCAGGAGCACGGGGCGAUGCAGAGCCCCGGGCAGGCGAGGUGGGAUACGUGGGGCGUCCUGGGGGCACCGGACCCCGGGGGCGCGUGCCCCAUCCCACCCCAGGCCGCGGCUGACGUGGGCUGUCACGGGGUUACCCAUUAACUGCAGGAAUUUCUGGGGAGGAGGUGAGUGGCAAGCAGAGGCGAGGGGCAACGCUGGGCUCCUUAGACUUUGCUCUUGGCGUGCAUAUAAAGGGCCCCCGUGCCCCGCGGGCCACUUUGCCAGAGGGACGCGUGGAUGUGGCAUGAGGACAUGGCACUGCCCUGACUGCUUGGCCAGCCCCAGGUGAGCAGGGCCCCGGGGCAGGACCGGCUGCUGGUGGCCCCGAUGGGGCGGGACCUGGCUGUUCCCAUCUCCCUGCCCCAUGCCCACCAGCUGACCCCAUCCCAUGGGCUGCUUUCCCUGCGGGAGCCCUGGGGGUGGCACGGUGGCAGCUGGCGGCCGAGGGGACCACGGGGAUGGUGCUCCUUGGAGGUGCCACCACUGCGUGGCUGCCUGCAGCGUGCUGGGGAGGUGGCUGUCGGAGCGGUGCAGCCAUGGCUCCGCCGCGGUGACGUGUGGCUGCUUGUGCUCAGAGUCACCCAGAGCGAUGCUGCCGUACCGGAGGGAGAGCCCGGCCAUGCCCCGCUGCCCGGUGCGGGGAGGAAGGGUGGUGCACGGGCCCCAGUUCGCCUACUGCCCCAGCCCCCCAGCUCUGCACAGGCUGCCGGGUGCCCACGCCUGCCCCUUCGCCGUGAGCACGGUGACUUGCCCUGACCAUGGCUUCCUGCGCCCCGGCUCCCCGGGGAGGCUGGUGGAGGGCAUGGAGCGCUACGAGCUGGACGCGCUGCCCUGGCAGGGGCCCCGGCUGGGCUUGGACGAGCUGCAGAAGCCAGAGCUGGGGUGCUGGGCGAGGGUCCAGUCCAUCUGUGUCUCCCUUCUCAAGGUGCCCCUGAUGUUCGGCUUCCUGUACCUCUUCGUCUGCUCCCUGGACGUGCUCAGCUCUGCCUUCCAGCUGGCCGGAGGCAAGGUGGCCGGGGACAUCUUCAAGGACAACGCCAUCCUCUCCAACCCCGUGGCCGGGCUUGUGGUGGGCAUCCUGGUGACUGUGUUGGUGCAGAGCUCCUCCACCUCCACCUCCAUCAUCGUCAGCAUGGUCUCCUCGGGGCUGCUGGAAGUGCGCUCUGCCAUCCCCAUCAUCAUGGGCUCCAACAUCGGCACCUCCGUCACCAACACCAUCGUGGCCCUCAUGCAGGCCGGUGACCGCAGCGAGUUCAAACGGGCUUUCGCCGGUGCCACGGUGCACGACUGCUUCAACUGGCUGUCCGUGCUGGUCCUGCUGCCGCUGGAGGUGGUGAGCGGGUACCUGCACCACGUCACCCGCCUGGUGGUGGCCACCUUCAACAUCCGCAGCGGGAAGGACGCCCCCGACCUGCUCAAGAUCAUCACGGAGCCCUUCACCAAGCUCAUCAUCCAGCUGGACAAGUCGGUGAUCACGGGCAUCGCCACGGGGGACGAGAGCCUGCGCAACCGCAGCCUCAUCCGCGUGUGGUGUGGCCCCGCGCCCCCCCAGGUGAGGGGCCCCUGGCCUUGCCAUGGGGCUGGGAAGGGUGGAGAGCUGGGAGGGAGCAUGCUGGCCACCCCAAAAGCACCCCAAAGAGUGGGGUGGGCCCUGUGGAGCCACCUAAAGCCUGCUCUCACCCUACAGACAGCUGCCGGGGGGCUUGGGGCCCCCCCAAACUGCACAUCCCCUGGCCACUGCAGCGGUAACAGCAUGGAGAGCCUCCACAACGUCACCAGGCAGAAGUGUGAGCACCUCUUCACGGACACGCCGCUGCCGGACCUGGCCGUGGGGCUGGUGCUGCUGGCCGGGUCCCUCGUCGUGCUCUGCACCUGCCUCAUCCUCCUGGUCAAACUCCUCAACUCCCUGCUCAAGGGGCAGGUGGCCAAAGCCAUCCAGAAGGUCAUCAACACUGACCUCCCCCACCCGUUCAGCUGGCUCACCGGGUACUUUGCCAUGGUGGUGGGCGCUGGGAUGACCUUCGUCGUGCAGAGCAGUUCUGUCUUCACCUCGGCCAUCACGCCCCUAAUCGGUGAGUCCCAGCCGAGCCUGGUUCCCUGCCACCUGCUGGUCCCCACCACGGUGGCCCACGGGUGCUGCGGUCCUCAGAUUUGUCCCCCCAAUGGAGAGCACGGGGUGCUGGCAGGCGAUGCAAUGGCAUGGGGUGCCUGUCCCACAGGCUUGGGGGUGAUCAGCAUUGAGCGUGCCUACCCGCUGACCCUCGGCUCCAACAUCGGCACCACCACCACUGCCAUCCUGGCCGCCCUGGCCAGCCCGGGGGACAAGCUGGCCAGCUCCUUCCAGAUCGCCCUCUGCCACUUCUUCUUUAACAUCUCCGGCAUCCUGCUGUGGUACCCGCUGCCCUUCACCCGCCUGCCCAUCCGCAUGGCCAAGGCGCUGGGCGAGCGCACGGCCAAGUACCGCUGGUUCGCCGUGCUGUACCUCAUCGUCUGCUUCCUCCUGCUGCCCUCCCUCAUCUUCGGCAUCUCCAUGGCAGGCUGGCGGGUGCUGGUGGGGGUGGGCGCCCCCUUCCUCGGCCUCCUCUUCUUCGUGGGCCUGGUGAACGCGCUGCAGGCGCGCAGCCCCGGCCGCCUGCCCAAGUGGCUGCAGACCUGGGACUUCCUCCCGGCCUGGAUGCACUCGCUGCAGCCGCUCGACAACCUCAUCACGCGCGCCGCGCUGUGCUGCACCGACCGCUGCCGCAGCCCCGAGGGCUGGGACGAGCGCGAGGGCGCAGCCCGCGACAAGGCCAGGCUGGGGCUGGACAACCCCGCGCUCUCCUACCCCGAGGAGAUGCCGGGUCCCGCGGUCCGGGUGGGCUCCCCCCGCCUGCCCCCGCACGGCGCCACCCGCCUCUAG